AUGAUAUUAAAAUUUGACAAUGUCGACCGUAAAAAAGCUUCUUUCCAAAAUCGAUGCAAGUGGCCAACAAAAUCCGCUGAUUGGCAAAGUGUUUAUCAUAGGAAAGUUUACAGUGACAGUGGAAGAUGUCAUUGCCCAAGGGGGAUUUGCAGUUGUGUUUCUUGUGAAAGCUGCAAAUGGAAACAGGUAUGCCCUCAAGCGAAUGUUUGUCAACAAUGAUCAUGAUCUUGCAGUAUGUAAAAAAGAAAUCCAUAUAGCUAGAACAUUAAGUGGUCACAAGAAUAUUAUACGAUUUGUGGAGUCUAGUGUUACAGUGACCCCAAAUAAAGUUUAUGAAGUUCUCAUUCUUAUGCAGUAUUGUAGAGGGACUGUGAUACAGUUAAUGAAUGACCGUAUAGGUCAGGGUCUAGGUGAGAGAGAAAUCAUGCGUAUAUUCUGUGAUACCUGCGAAGCUGUAUCUAGACUUCAUCAUUGUCAAACACCUAUAAUACAUAGAGAUCUUAAGUUAGAGAAUGUGUUGAUAUCAGAUGAUGGGCAUUAUGUGUUAUGUGAUUUUGGAAGUGCUACAGCACGAGUGUUAGAUAAAGAACAGCAUGAUAUUAAACAGAUAGAAGAUGAGAUACAAAAGUAUACAACUAUAUCAUACAGAUCACCUGAGAUGAUAGAUUUAUAUGGUGGUAAAGCUAUUACAACAAAGGCUGAUAUAUGGGCAUUAGGUUGUUUAUUAUACCGGCUGUGUUUCUUCACUCUUCCAUUCGGUGAAAGUUCUUUGGCAAUACAGAGUGGCAAGUUUACUAUACCUGAUAACUCUAGAUACUCCAAAUAUGUGCACUCUCUUAUAGGUUACAUGUUAGAAGAAGAUCCAGAUAAAAGACCAGAUAUAUUUCAAGUUUCCAGUGUAGCAUUUAGAUUGGCUCGUAAAGAGUGUCCUGUGCCAAAUAUGAAUGGAGCUCCAAUACCAGACAUCAACCAACUUCCAGUUCCACUCACAGAGAGUGACUCAAGACAAGUCAAAAAUACUGUCAAAUCUACUCCAGUGACUACAGUAGAAAGUACAACUGUAGCUCCUCGUCAGAGACCUAAGGGACAGAACUCUGCUGGUACAAGUGGGCUAGCCCCUCCUGUACAGACUUCUAUAGCUCCAAGACGGAGACCCCAAGCUAAUGCUGGUAAUUCAGAUUCAGCUGCUCAGCAACAAGCUCAAGCUUUAAUUCAGCAACAACAACAACAACAGAUCCAGCAACAACAGAAGCAGCAACAACAAUUGCAACAGCAGCAGCAACAAGACUUUGCUCAACAACAACAAGCACAACAACAACAAGGAAGUACACCUGGUGUACAACAACAGUUGCUGAACAAAGAAUUGCUAGGUUCAAACAGUAGUAUAUCAAAUGUUAAGAGUAGAGAAGAUUUGGUAAUGUCCGGGUCUGAUUCUUCCACUGAUCCAUUCCAAAAUGCUCCAUUUAAAAAGCAUGAGAAUAUGUCUGACAGUGAUGAUGACUAUAUGGAUGGUAACGAUAACUCGAGUAAAUCCCAACGAGAUAAUCAGAAAUCUCAGGAACCCUUCUCCAUGAGGGCAGCACUUAAAAUGCGUAUGGGUAAUCCAACACCACGAGCAUCAGAAACAACAAGUGAGGCAGAGACAAUUUAUGCUUCACCUCAAAGCUCAAGAACCUACGUCUCCUGUGCCGAAACAAGAAAAAUACAGAUAUAUUCGGAGCUGCACCAUUCAAAAAGAAAAUGUCUCGUAAAAGGAGACCAAGUUCUGGUUUAUAUUCAGCAGCAAAAGCAAGCUCAAAAGAUGACAUUUACAAAACAUCUGCUCAUUCUAAACCAAAUUUACCACCAAAACCUAAGCCUCCAUCAAAAUCUUCACAAAAUAAAAGAUGAUUCUUCUAAAGCAAGUUACACAAAUAGACAUCGGAACAGACGACAUGCGUCUGGAGGAGAAAUGAGAGUAGGCCUGUUAGCUAGAAGUGAUGAUAGUAGUGAUAACGAUGAUGCAAAUGUAAAUGAUAUAUUUGGAAAUGCUCCAUUUAUGAAAAGGUCUUCAAGUUCAACUGAUGCUGUUUUGCAUAUUUCUCCAUUGUCUGAUCAAUUAAGAGGUAAUGUUGUUACAAAUGACCCAAACUUUUCAACUAAGACCUUUGAAUCACGAAAUGGUAUUGCCAACAGUUUUAGUGUUGAUAGUUUGAAUCUCAGAGCAGAAGCUUUACCAGACUCCUUUGGUGCCAUACCCUUCAGUACUAUGCAAGCUAGAUCUGCUAGUUCUGUGAUUUCCCAUGGAAGAGCAAUGAGUGAACAAAGGUCACCUGUACCCGGAAUUCAGACUGUGUCUAGUCCUGUUAGUUCUCCCCCAACCAUUCCAGUAACAUCAAGGUCUACAACCAGUCCAACACGCCCAGUACCAGCACCGAAACCACCACAUUACCCAGAAUCAAGUGGAUCUGUGAUAAAACGUGAACGAGAAUCAGUGAAAACACGAGAAUCUCUUGAACCUGCACCAAAUUACCAUAAAUUCAAAGAUGAAUCGGACUCCGAUGAUGACAAGUUCAUACAAGUAGAAAAACCUAAAUACUUUAAAAGUAAGCAAUCAAGAAGUCCCCGCCCUCCGGACAGAGACAUUGAAAGUUCAGCAUUUUCAAAUAUGAGUUUUAAUGAUGAUUUUGAUGAUGAAGAAAAUGAAACUGUAAAUAGUGGAAUGUCGGCAUCAAUGAACGAAGCUAGUCUACAAACAAUGAAGUCCUCACAUAGCCAGAACUUAAAUGUAGGAGGGAACCAGCAAACUGUGUUUGUGAAAGACCCUUCUCCAGUGAAUCAGGACUCGAUCAAACCACCCAUUGAUGGUGGCUAUGAUACGUCGACUUGGCCACGAAAACGACACAAAGUGCCGAGCAAACAACAUGCUACGGCUGAACCGUUUACAGUUAAAAAGAGGGUUGAUAGUAUAUUUAGAUAAAUAUUUCUAGAUUACACCAAUUUUGUCAAUUGUUGUUGUGUUGAUCACAGAUUAUUUAUUUGUUGAUGUUGCUUAUUGACAGUAAUUUGCUGAAAUUUUGUCUAGACUUUUGUUUUAUUUAUUAUUUUGCUAUCUUAAGAAAAAUAUGUUUAUGAUAUGUUUUAUGUAAGUAUUUCCGUACAGAUUUAUGAUAAAAGCAGUCAUACCUAGGAUAAAGGGGAAUGUAGCUUCUUAUUAACAGACCUGUAGACAUAGAAGAUAAUGUCCAACUAUUCUACAAAUUUUUAAUCUGUUGUCUUAAUUUCAAUUGUCUUUAGAGUGAGUUUGUCAAAGUAUACAAGAUAAGAUAUUGUUUUAGAUAUUUUCAAGCUUUGGAGACAAUCCACUUACACAUAUAUAAGACUUGAAAGAUAAGGAA